AUGCCCCUCGUCACGCCCCUCACGACCUUCACGUCCGUCACAAGCGCAACUCAAGCCCGCGCCUGUAACAAAUCCAUCUACUUCUCAAAUGAAGCCGUCCAAGCCGAACGCACCGGAAACUAUGCCCUCGCUGCUGAGCUGAGGGUGGCAAGGAGAUGGUUUGUACUUACCAUAAUGUGUGUUUUUAAUGUUUGCUUUCUUUGCUUUUCCGGAAGUCUUGGUUGUGUGUGGCUGAUGGAUUUAUUUAGUGUCCAGGACAGAUGUUUGCGUUGAGCGAGUUGAAGACAUGCGGUGGUUGUGGUGCACCUAAUUAUUGCUCGGUUGAUUGCCAGAAGCGUGAUUGGAAGGAGAGACAUAAGGUUCUUUGCCGAAAGUUGAAGGAGUCUAGUAAGAAAGAUACCUAG